CGACACACACGCGCCGACCCGCCGCAACCGUCUCGCCCGCCCAUCGCCAUCGCCAUCGCCAUCGCGCCAGUCGCCUCUGCAGCCGCACACCAGCACACGCCCGACUCCCGCCACGACAGCCGCCAUGGCGACGGUCCCCGUCAGCGAGGUCAAGAGCAAUGCGCGCGAGAGCAGGACCGCCGCGCACUCGCACAUCAGAGGCCUCGGCCUGAGCAGCGACGGGCGCGCCACCCCGAGUGCCGGCGGCUUCACCGGCCAGGCCGCCGCGCGAGAGGCCUGCGGGCUCGUCGUCGACCUGGUCAAGGCCAAGAAGAUGUCCGGCCGCGCCGUGCUCCUGGCCGGCGGGCCUGGCACCGGCAAGACGGCCCUCGCCCUCGCCGUCUCGCAGGAGCUCGGCACCAAGGUGCCCUUCUGCCCCAUUGUCGGCAGCGAGAUCUACUCGGCCGAGGUCAAGAAGACCGAGGCGCUGAUGGAGAACUUCCGCCGCGCCAUUGGCCUGCGCGUCAAGGAGACCAAGGAGGUCUAUGAGGGCGAGGUCACCGAGCUGACGCCCGAGGAGGCUGAGAACCCGCUGGGCGGCUACGGCCGCACCAUCUCGCACCUCCUCAUCACCUUGAAGAGCGCCAAGGGCACCAAGAAGCUGCGUCUCGACCCGAGCAUAUACGAGGCCAUCCAGAAGGAGCGCGUGCGUCUGGGCGACGUCAUCUACAUCGAAGCCAACACGGGCGCCGUCAAGCGUGUGGGCCGCUCCGACGCCUACGCCACCGAGUUCGAUCUCGAGGCCGAGGAGUACGUGCCCAUCCCCAAGGGCGACGUGCACAAGAAGAAGGAAAUCGUGCAGGACGUGACCCUGCACGACCUGGAUGUCGCAAACGCGAGACCGCAGGGUGGACAGGACAUCAUGAGCAUGAUGGGCCAGCUGAUGAAGCCCAAGAAGACAGAGAUCACCGAGAAGUUACGGCUGGAGAUCAACAAGGUCGUCAACAGAUACAUCGACCAGGGCGUUGCCGAUCUGGUGCCUGGUGUCCUCUUCAUUGACGAGGUCCACAUGCUCGAUCUCGAGUCCUUCACCUUUCUCAACCGCGCUCUUGAGUCGCCCCUCUCGCCCCUCGUAAUCCUUGCCUCCAACCGCGGCGUCACCCACAUCCGCGGCGGCACCAACCUGCCUCCUAGCGCCCACGGAAUUCCCCCGGAUCUGCUUGCGCGUCUGCUCAUCGUGCCGACCCACCCGUACAACGCCGCUGAGAUCAAGCAGAUCAUCGGCUUGAGAGUCGGCACCGAGAAGCUGAACAUCGCGGAAGCAGCCAAGGACAAGGUUACAGAUCUUGGUGUCAGAGUCAGCUUGAGGUAUGCGCUGCAAAUCCUGGCCCCGGCGAGCAUAUUGGCCAAGGUUGGUGGAAGGCCAAACGGAGAGAUUAGCGUGCAGGAUGUCGAGGAAUGCGAGGAUCUCUUCCUCGAUGCCGGGAGAAGUGCAAAGGGACUCGGGGAGGCUGACGGCUACAUCGCGUAGACUACAGCGUCUUGUCUGGGAGCUGGCGUUUAAGAGGUUAUAUCAUGAGAUACAAGAGCGUAUGUACAGUACUGUGAGCGGUAUCUGAUAAUCACAAAAGCAAAUUCACGUCCAAUUUUAGCUUGCAAGACAUGCACAAUCCAAGUCCAGUCGAGAAGUAGCCGUCGGCAGUGAUGAGUUCCCAAUGUCCAUGACGAAGUCUCUAGCAGCAGAAGAAAUUGCAUCAUCAAUAUGGCCUGACAAAUGUAUCAGAUUGCUCGCGUGGCUCAAAGUCAAGACAAAUUGUAG